CGUGGUAUUGACAUAAAACCUUUCCAAGAUUCAUUCUCCUAUCCAUUGUUGUAUUGGGUGUGCUAAUGCCAUAGCUACCCUAUAAAUUCCAACCAUUGCACUGAAUGUAAUUUCCAAAAUGUCAGAGCUUCCCUCUCAUGCCUCCCCAUGCCUCUCCCCGCGGCCCCUCCGUCCAACUAAGCCGACGGCCACCAAAUACUCACUUCCCGAAGGCCUGAACAAUGCGCGUACAUCCUCUCCCUCUUCACCGACCCGCGAUCGAUCGCUCAGCGACGGCAGCACCCAAAGUACGCACGACUACCUCGAAAUCCCCAGUCAAACGAACACUCCUACGAUACCACACUCCCUUAUUUCACCCGCUUUCACCCCUCCAGCUACCCCUUACAGCCUCACAAAUGCUUAUCUGCCGACCAAGUUGUCGUCAUCGACAACAGAGUAUAGAGAUCGCAUGAUCAAUACGAAGCCACCCAAAUUGCUACCACGCCUACCAAAGGUUGAAUGUAUCGUUCGUGCGCGUAUCCCGACAACGGGGGGUGCGGAAAUGUUUCUGCAUCUCUAUCACAAUGAUGUGGAUAAUAAGGAACACUUGGCAAUCGUGUUUGGAAGCUCGAUUCAGAGCCGGAGUUUGAAUAGAGUGCGACCCGGGGAGACGGAGAUGGAUCGCAUGAUUCGUGGGGCGUAUGUGGGGAGAUUGUAUCCGGGGAGGCAGAAUAGCAGGGUUGAUGGAGGAAUGGUUGACAGAAAAAGCUCGUAUGGCUCUCAGGGAGCUGCGCGGAAGGAGUCUUCAACGGGUGGCGUGGAUUCCCUGGGGCAGGUGGUGGAUGGGCCAGUGCAGAAGAAUGAAAUGGCAGAUCAGAGCAAGCAGAUACCGGCACAAGUUCCUCUUGUCAGAAUACACUCAGAAUGCUACACAGGCGAAACCGCGUGGUCGGCACGGUGUGAUUGUGGAGAGCAAUUAGAUGAAGCAGCAAGAUUAAUGUCGGAGGCCACUUCAUCCUAUGCGCAGAGCGCCGGUGGCGUGAUUAUAUACCUACGCCAGGAGGGCCGUGGCAUUGGCCUGAGCGAGAAGCUGAAGGCAUACAAUUUGCAAGAUCUGGGGAAUGACACCGUUGAGGCCAAUCUUAUACUUCGACACCCUGCAGAUGCUCGCAGCUAUGGUUUGGCAACCGCGAUGCUUGUGGAUCUCGGGCUGGGAGCUGACUCCCAGAACAAUAAUGGGAUUCGUUUAUUAACGAAUAACCCGGAUAAAGUCAUUGCUGUUGAAGGUCCCAAUCGUGAAGUCAUUGUGAAGGAGAGAGUUCCCAUGAUCCCGCUGGCAUGGCGAUCAGGCGGACAGAAAGGCAUCCGGAGUUCGGAAAUUGAGGAGUAUCUGAGGACUAAAAUCGGGAAAAUGGGACAUAUGCUCGAGUAGCCCUUUCAUACCCAGUUGGAAUCGAGUAUCUCUAUUGCAGUUCUUGAGAGUUCUAUAGCGGUAUGAAUAACCUUAUGCUCAUCUCUUUGCUCCAUUGUUAUAUGGAUGUUUGCAUCAGGCAGUGUUAUAGCCCGAUUUUUGUUGAAUGAUCAUCCCCUUUCCGCAUUAUGGACGUAAAUACGAUAUAUAUGAUACCGCUAUAUCCGCUUGCAUCGAUGAUUUUUGUUUCCUUGCCUCCUUCCUCACUAUUUCCGUUUUUUUUUUUUUUUUUGCUUUUUUUGUUGGUUGGAUUCGCGAUAUACUUAUCAUCACGUUUCAAGCGCAUUUCAACUUUCACUUCACUGUAUAUCCAUGUGCCUUGACGUUUUCCCAACUUCUAGCAUAUAGAUAUGGAUUUAGUAGCAAUAAAUGAGUUCUCCGAUACGCGUAAUGUAUAC